AUGGCGGGGCGUGGUAGGGGAAGGGGUCCAAGGCCGCGUAGCCUUGAGGAGGAUUGGGAGAGGUGGGGAGAUGGAAUCAGUAUCAGUUUCCACCUCCACCGCCGCCGCCGCAGUUCUUCAAUCAACCUCAACCUCCGUCGUUUGGCUUCUACCCCAAUCCUCCACCGCCUAUGCCUCAUCCUCACCAGGCUGGCUACAACAGGUAUGGCUAAGGCUGCUAAGGAGAGUAAUCUGCAUGUUGUGUGCUUUAAUUAUGGUCAGAUAGGACACUUUAGCUCAGCUUGCAAAAGACCCAAAGUGUGUUUCAUCUGUAGAAGCUCUGAACAUAUAGUUGAUGUGCAUCCUGAAUGGAAGAAACCAGCUCAGACUGCUCAGUAUUUUGGGAGUGCAAACAAAGGGUUGGGGUUCCUUUACAUUGAUAUUGAGGAAAAUGAAGAUAGGUUCAAGCACUGGAUGGGGAUGGACAACUUUGAGAAUGGAUCUGACAAAGGAGGAGGUGAAGAGAAGAAGGAAGAUGAUCCUCUAGGGGAAGAAGAGUUGUCAGAUACAGAAAAGGGUGACGAAGAGGGUUCCAAAGGUGGAGAUCAGAACAAGGAUCAGGGGCAGUCGUCUACUAAAGCCCAGGAAAGCAAGAGUGCCCCUGUUGGCACUAAGGGUGUCAGGAGACUUCUUCAGUUUGACGCAAAAGACCUGGGGAAUCAGAGUGAGACAAUGGAAUGUGCAAAGCUCUUGAAAGCAAUGGAGCUUGAUGAAGAAGAGGAGGUAGAGGAUGAAACUGAAAUGACUCUUGACUCAAUGAUUCAGGAUGACGAUGAUUCCUGUCAGCUUCCAGAAGAAUGGGUGUUUGAUCUUGCAGAGCAGAGAAAAGAGAGUCAAGGAGGCAGUCUAAGGAACUCCAUGAUAGGGAUAGAACUAGAGUUGCUAGCUAAGGAAGGUGAAGAAAACUCUGAAACAAUGGAUCACAAUCUAGUGGAAGAAAGAGAGGAGGACUUUAAUCACAAUAUAUCUUCUGAUGUUGAUACUGGCAAAGAUGACCUGGGAGAGAACUUGCAGAAGGGGAAGAGGGAUAGAAAGAAAUAG